UGUUUUAGUAGGGAAAUCAUAAGGUCACUGUGCCCAGUUUUGGUUCAAAAUCCUCACAUUUGAGAAGACCUCGAAGUGGUAAUUUAGUGGAAAACUGUCAGAUGUCUGAGGAGAAUUUUGUCAAGCAGGGAGAAAGGAAAAAUGGCAAAAACAGGUGGAGAAAGAAAGAGUGCCUUAGGUUUAAUGCGGAUUGCCUGACAAAAAGUCCAUCUGAGAGGUUGACUGAUAAGAUUGUGAAACCUCGAAAAUCAUCAAAGCACCUGCAUGUGUCUACAGAACAAACAUUAAUUGUCAGGAAACAAGUUGAUCCCGAAACAACGAAAUACUUCUCAGAAAUUGCAAAUCUUUUUGAAGGAACAACAGUUGACUUAGAUGAUCGAUCGGCUAUAUGUGGAAAUGCUUUGGAGGAAACUAGGGGAAAAGAGUUAGAACUGGCUACUGAUUAUAUUAUAAGCCACACCUUGCAAACUCUUCUUGAAGGCUGUGACAUAGACCACCUCUGUGGUUUUCUCCAAAGCUGUGCAAAGGAGUUUCAUCAGAUAGCGAUGGAUAAGUCUGGAUCUCACGUGGUUGAGACGGCUCUCAGGUCUUUAGCUGUGCAUAUUCAGGAUGAAGGGGCAUACAGUGUUAUUGGAUCAACUUUAAACAAGAUAUGCCAGGAGAUAGUGCUUAAUCUUGCCUGUGUGAUGUGUAGCCAAUAUGGAUCUCAUGUUCUUCGUAGCCUUCUCUGUCUCUGUAAAGGACUACCAUUAGACUCUACAGAGGAGUUCCAUGUUACUAAAUCAUCUUCCAUUCUAGCAGAGAGGUUGAAUUUCAAGUCACCUCAAUCAUUCAGAAAUAAAGUACCACAUCUUCAGCAGGGUUUCCCGGAUUUGCUUAGAUACCUUAUUGCAGAACUGUUAAAAUGUGCUAGAGGAGGCAUUGCAACUCUGCUAGUUGACGAGAAAAGCAGUUAUGUUAUGCAGACUGCCUUGAGGUUAUUAGCAGGCGAGGAUCAAGAGUUGAUGCAUGCGAUUCCCAUCCUUCUUGGCUGCUCUGAGAAAAAUAUUGCGAAAGGGAAAUUCAUAGAAGCAAGUAUGGUGCAAGACAUUUUAGCAACGCUCAAGGACACUGCUUAUAGCCAUCUAAUGGAGGUCAUUUUGGAAGUGGCACCGGAGACUUUGUACAAUGAAAUUUUGACAAAGGUUUUUAAAAAUUCAUUGUUUGAGAUCUCAUGUGAUCAUUGUGGCAGUUUUGUUGUCCAAGCAUUAGUUUCUUCUGCUCGAUGUCAAGAUCAAAUAGAGUUGUUUUGGGAGGAACUCGGCUCCAAAUUUAAGGAGCUUCUUGGAAUUGGAAGGGCAGGAGUAGUUGCUUCUCUAUUGGCUGCAAGUCAAAAGCUUCAUACACAUGAAAAUAAGUGUUGCCAGGCCCUUGCUGCUGCAGUGUAUUCAGAGAGUGAACCUCCUAGCUGCAUUUUACCUCGAAUAUUAUUUCUUGAAAACUAUUUCUCAUGUGAAGACGAGUCAAAUUGGAGUUGGGGAAAGGGUGAUAAGAUGCAUGUCUUGGGGUGCUUAAUGCUACAAACAGUUUUCAGAUAUCCAAGCGAAUUCAUUCAGCCAUUUGUCACAAGUAUUACAUCCUUGGAAGCUGACCAUGUUCUUGAAGUUGCAAACGAUGCAGGGGGCGGACGGGUGAUUGAGGCUUUUCUUAGCUCCAAUGCGUCUAUAAAACAAAAGCGCAGAUUAAUUGUCAAGCUCCGUGGUUAUUUUGGAGAGCUUUCUUUGCAUCCUUCAAGUUCGUUUACUGUUGAAAAGUGCUUCUCUGCAAGUAAUGCCUCGCUGCAGGAGGCUAUAGCAUCUGAGCUGUUAGAUGUGCGAACUGCACUCUCCAAGACAAAACAGGGACCUUAUAUUUUAAGAAAGCUUGAGAUUGACGGGUUUGCAACACGGCCUGAUCAGUGGAGAUUGAGACAAACGUCAAAGCAAAGUGCUUACAAAGAAUUCUUUGAUGCAUUUGGGUCCAGUGACACGAAAUCAUCUGGUAGCAACAGCAUUUUUGGUGAAUCUUCUUCAGGGACACGUCACUCAAAAAGCUUGAAGACAAUGAAGAAGAUGAAGAAAGACGUUGAGCAAUGUCUGGCCUACUCUAAUGCACCAUCUUUGGGUUCCCAGCUUCCAGUUAUUGAUUCUUCAAUAACUAGGUUUGACAUGUCUAAGCGUGGGCAUGAAAAAGCUAACAAGAUUGUUAGGGAAUCUGUUGAACUUGACUUGGACAACAAUGGCAUGAGAAUAGGAAAUCAAAAGAGAAAAAGGAUGGAAACUGAUGCCACAGGGAAUUCAGCUGCUGCGAGUAAAACAACAGAAAAUGCCAGGGAUAAGAAGAACCGAAGGAAGGAAAAUGGGUCAAUAUCAUCCUUAAAGAAGUUGAAGAAGUGAGAUACAGUUCUGCUAGCACAUGUAUUGGGUUUAGUAUUUGAAGAAGAGUCUGGUCUUCGACGGGAGAAACUGUGAGUCUAAUGAGUUGUAUGUUUACACCUGUUUACAUUUUUGAAAUUGUAGGAACAGAGGUUGAAUGGAUGAUUGCCUUUGUUUUUGG